UUAAGUAUAAAACGUACGAGAAAAGAUAUCUUCCAGGAAGGUGUUUUGGCCCGUAUUCCUUUAUUAAUGUUCCCAUGGGUAAAGAAGAAAUGGAUUAUGUUGGACAUAGCCGAAGAAAUAUGGUUGAGGUGGCAUUAGUGAUGAAGAUGGUGCAUAACUUGUUUAAAGCUUGGAGUGACUCGAGGAAGAAACUCAGCAUUGGUAUUAUAUCACCUUAUGCCGCUCAAGUUUUGGCCAUACAAGGUAAACUUGGGCGGAGGUAUGAUAACCUUGAGGGUUUUGAAGUUAAGGUGAAGUCAAUAGAUGGAUUUCAGGGAGGGGAGGAAGAUAUUAUAAUAAUAUCUACUGUGAGAUCUAAUCAUGGAGGAUCAAUUGGCUUCUUGUCUAGUCUUCGAAGGACUAAUGUUGCUUUGACCAGGGCUCGACACUGUCUAUGGAUUCUUGGCAAUGAGCCAACAUUACAUCAGAGCAACUCCGUCUGGAAAGCAUUAGUUCUUGACGCCAAGGAUCGGCAGUGCUUCUUUCAUGCCGAGGAAGACAAUGAUAUGAGGACCACAAUUUUAGAUGUUAAGAAAGAAUAUGAUCAGCUUGAUGAUUUACUUAAUGCGGAUAGUAUUCUGUUCAAAUCUCAGAGAUGGAAGGUACUCUUUAGUGACAAUUUUAGAAAAUCAUUUGGAAAGCUAACAUCUUCUCGCUUGAAGAAAUCUGUGAUAAAUCUUCUGGUUAAGUUGGCUAGUGGAUGGCGUCCCAAGAGAAAGAAUGUGGAUUCAAUUUCCGAGAGCUCAUCUCAAAUUGUAAAACAAUUUAAGGUUGAAGGGCGUUAUGUCGUUUGCUCUGUUGAUAUUCAGAAAGAAUCCACCUAUACUCAAGUGCUGAGGGUGUGGGAUGUAUUGCCCUUGGAGGAGGUCGCAAAGUUGUUGAAACGUCUCGAUAACAUAUGUUCAAUGUACACUGAUGAAUUUAUCAAUCUUUGCAAGGAGAAAUGUCUUGAGGGGGACUUGGAAGUUCCAAAGAGUUGGAAGCUUUGUCGUGAGAUUGUUCAAUAUAAAAGCAUUACUGCGAGCAGUUUGAAUGAUGAAUCAACUGGUGCAAUAGAUGGUAGAAGUUAUGUUGAAAAUUCAAGAGUCAGCGAAAGCCUAUUGUUAAUGAAGUUUUACUCAUUAUCAUCUGGUGUUGUCAAUCAUUUGCUCUCCAAUCACCAUGGUGAAGAAUUAGAUCUCCCUUUUGAAGUUAAUAACGAAGAGAGGGAGAUAAUCCAAUUUAGGAGAAGUAGCUUUAUCCUUGGUCGCUCAGGCACGGGAAAAACAACAGUUUUGACCAUGAAGUUAUUGCAGAAGGAGCAACAACACCACAAUUCUAUUGAAGGAUUAGACAAAGCGGCGAACAAAGAAGUAAAUCAAUGUGCAGUGGCAAUAAAUGAGGAGAUUCAAUGUGUAAGAGAGGCUGGCAGGGCUACCUUGCGCCAACUUUUUGUAACAGUUAGUCCCAAACUUUGUUAUGCUGUCAAACAUCAGAUUUCUCAGCUAAAAAGCUUUGCUUGUGGUGGAAGUUUCUCAGCAGAAAGUAGUUUUGAAAUUGAUGAGUUGGAUGGGACGACACAAUUUAGAGGUCUACCGAACUCUUUUAUUGGCAUUCCAUACAUGAAGUACCCUCUUGUGAUCACAUUCCAUAAGUUCUUAUUGAUGCUUGACGGAACCAUAGGUUCUUCCUACUUUGAUAGGUUCCAUUUGAAGUGGGAAUUGUCUGAAGACAUAAGUUUGAGGUCAGUUGCUCUACAAACUUUCAUUAGGGAGAAAGAGGUCAACUAUGACCGCUUCUGUAGCUUGUAUUGGCCUCAUUUUAGUACUCAGUUGACAAAGAAUCUUGAUCAUUCGAGGGUGUUCACUGAAAUACUUUCUUAUAUAAAAGGAGGGUUAAAAUCAGGGGAUUUUCAUGAUGGGAAACUCACCAAAGAGGCUUAUAGUUUAAUGUCUGAAUGUCGGGUCUCUACUAUAAGUGCAGAAAAAAGAGAUAGAAUAUAUGGUAUUUUUCAGGAUUAUGAAAAGAUGAAGAUCGAGCGUGGUGAAUAUGAUAUAGCUGAUGUCGUUAAUGAUCUUCAUAUUCGGCUAAAGAAUCAGCAUCUCGAUGGUGACAAAGUAGAUUUUGUAUAUAUUGAUGAAGUUCAAGAUCUCACAAUGAGACAACUAGCCCUUUUCAAAUAUAUUUGUAGAAAUGUUGAUGAAGGGUUUGUUUUCUCUGGUGAUACAGCACAAACAAUUGCUAGGGGGAUAGAUUUCAGGUUUGAAGACAUUAGGAAUCUAUUCUACAAUGAGUUUGUGAUGAACUCAAGGGGUGAUGAAGUUGCUGGAAGAAAAGAUAAAGGACAUCUAUCACGUGUCUUUCAGUUGCUUCAGAACUUUCGGACACAUGCUGGUGUACUCAAACUGGCGCAGACUGUAAUUGAUUUGCUGUGUCAUUAUUUUCCUCAAUCUGUUGAUUUCUUGAAACCUGAGACUAGUCUCAUAUCUGGUGAGGCUCCAGUAUUGCUGAAGCCUGGAGCUGAUGAAAAUGCAAUUAUUACUAUUUUUGGAAAUAGUGGGAGUAUUGGAGGAAAAAUAAUAGGUUUUGGUGCGGAGCAGGUCAUAUUAGUGCGGGAUGAAUCUGCAAAAAAGGAAGUCUCUGGUUGUAUUGGAAAGCAAGCACUUGUUUUGACCAUUGUUGAAUGCAAAGGCCUCGAGUUUCAGGAUGUAUUGCUAUAUAAUUUUUUUGGGUCAUCGCCACUUAGAAAUCAGUGGAGAGUGGUGUAUGAGUUCAUGAAAGAACAAGGUUUAGUAGAUAUAUCCUUCCCAAGUUUCUGUGAAGCACGACAUAGUCUCUUGUGUUCCGAACUAAAACAGCUUUACGUUGCUAUCACUCGAACAAGGCAAAGGUUAUGGAUUUUUGAAAGUAUAGAAGAAUUUUGCAAGCCUAUGUUUGACUACUGGAGAAGGUUGUGUCUAGUGGAAACAAGGGUAAUAGAUGAUUCACUCGCACAAGCAAUGCAAACUUCUAGCACUCCAGAGGAGUGGAAGUCAAGGGGAAUUAAGCUCUUCUGGGAGAAGAACUACGAGAUGGCCAUCAUGUGCUUCGAAAAAGCAGGUGAAAAGAAUUGGGAAAAAAGGGCGAAGGCAGCUAGAUUUAGGGCAGCUGCUGAGCGAAUUCGUGAUUCUAAUCCCACAGAGGCUUGCACCUACCUGCGUGAGGCGGCUGAAAUAUUUGACUCUAUUGGGAGGUUCGAGUCGUCAGCAGAAUGUUUUUAUGAUUUGAGGGAGUAUGAAAGGGCAGGACACAUUUAUUUGGAGAAAUGUGGAAACCCUGAAUUAGUAAAAGCUGCCGAGUGUUUUACACUGGCUGGAUGCUAUGAGCAUGCUGCAAUAGUUUAUGCAAAAGGCAAUUAUCUCUCAGAGUGCUUGUCUGUUUGCACCAAAGGGAAAUUUUUUGACCUGGGAUUGAAAUAUGUCGAGUACUGGAAACAUGAUGCUGCUCAGUGUAGUACUCUGGGGAAAAGAGCGGAGGAAAUUGACAAAAUUGAGGGGGAGUUCCUGGAAAACUGCGCUUUUAAUUAUUUUGAGCUCAACGACAGAGGUUCCAUGAUGAAAUUUGUGAAAGCAUUCCCUUCAAUUGACAUGAAACGCAAUUUCUUGAAGUCUCGUGGGUGCCUUGAUGAGCUGCUAUUGUUGGAAGAAGAAUUAGGAAACUUCACUGAAGCUGCAGAAAUUGCUCGAAUGGAAGGGGAUAUUCUUCGUGAAGCGGAUUUAACAGGGAAGGCUGGGGAUUUUGACAAGGCAUGUUCUCUUGUUCUUCUUUAUGUUCUCUCUAACUCUCUGUGGAUCUCGGGAAAUAAAGGCUGGCCUUUGAAGUCGUUCCCAGAAAAGAAGGAACUUUUGGAAAAGGCCAAGUCAUUUGCGAAGCUUGGAUCCAACUUUGAGACCACACACACUGUGGUUAAAGUUUUAUCAAAUGAGUCAAGUGACUGGUCCGGCUUGAAGCACAUUUUCAUUGCAUCUCAGAAAUGUGAAAGUCUAAUUGGUGAAUUUUUGUGUUGUAGAAAAAUAUUGGAUGUUCAUUUUGAAAAUCAUGCGGCAAAGUAUGUUUGGGAUGAUAAUUCAUCAGUCAAUAUACUGAGUUCGGAAGAAUUGAUUAUGUCCGGCCAAGUCAGUGUCAGAACACUACUUCACUUUUGGAAUUUGUGGAGGAAGACUAUCUUUGAUCUUCUUGAAUCUCUUCAGGGCCUUGAGAUAAAAGACUUUGGUGAAUAUAACAGCUUUUGUAAUUUCUGCCUAAGUUACUUUGGUGCUAGGAAGCAAUUGAAUGAUAUCAAUGUUACAUAUGCACUGUUGCAUCCUGCUGCUGAAUGGGUUAAAAAAAUUCAGCAAAGUUUCAUCAGACGGAGCAAAAAUAUGGUAUUUGUUGAUGCUCGGCAUUUUAUUUAUGCCGCUCGACAUCACUGGCAUACCGAAUUACUUAUUGUUGGUUUGAAGGUUCUGGAAACUCUUGAAUCCAUCUAUAAGUCGGCUGCAACUUCAAUGUCUCUUUUCCGGCAAAGCAUGUGCCUUCUGAAUAUAUAUGAGAUUGCAAAAUUUUUAAGUGAGUCUAAGGACCUUGAUUCUAAGAGUUUUGAGUGGAAAAUACGGAAUUUCUUGACACUGUCUACCAAAUACUUUGAAAAAGCCUUCCCCCUGGACCCACGACAAUCAUUGGUGGAUAAUAUGAUUUCUCUAAGGAGAAAAGAGCUUUCUCGUGACUUGCUGCAAGAAUUCAUCCAUCAAGAUAUUAACACCAAAGGUCUUCUGAGCUAUGGACAGGUUGGAAGGGUGGUGAUGAUAUGGCUUGCCUCUGGAAAACCUUCUCAAGAUUUGUACAAGAAAAUUGUUGGAAGAGUUCCAACAAAAUCAUGGAAAUCAUUCAUGGAAAUUCUCAGCUGCAUUAAAGAAACGGAAGAAUCUCAGUCAGGCAAUGCUUGUGGAGGCAAAACUUCCGAGUCUCAUGAAGUUUUUUCAUCAAGCAAUGAAGCUAAGGAAUUUACAUUAGUUCAGCUAUUCUGUGAAGCAUUACAAGAUACCUAUAAUGUGAACUGGAUCAGACUAAAUGACUAUAUCUCCCCUGGUUGUUUCUUGUAUCUUGUUGAGCGCUUUUUGAUUUUGGUGUCACAGUGUCAGGGAUUUUUUUUCACUACAAAAUCUUCAUUGGUGGAAUGGCUGAUUUCUGAGCAAUCUGAGGUCCUACCCCCUUCCAAGGUUGCCAUAAACAGGCAGUCUUUGGAAAAUUUUCAUCAUUUUGUUCUUAUGGUGGUACAACAAUUCAUUUCCAAUAAACAUGGUACAUGUCAGUGGAUUCACCAAAUGAAAAUCAGCGUUGAUGCAUACUAUAAGCUAUUGGUUAUGAGAUUGGUUGUUAUCCUAUGCUGCUUGUGUGUGAACAGUGGGAAAUACUAUGAUGUUCUUUUCCAUGUGCUCAGAAACAAUGAUGUUAGGAACCAGCUUCCAAAGAAUUUCUAUGGCAUUCUUCUACCAGGAAUAAAGCGGAAGUACAUUCAAAUCAGUGAAAUUGGCAAAGCUUUUCAAAUUGCCGGAGAUCCUCUUUUGUUGGUCAACCUGAGUGAGAAUACUACCAGGAACUAUUCUAAUGUCAUUCAUGUGCAGUUGGGAACAAACUGCAAUAUAGAAGGCAUUAUUCACUCGCUGUUUCCGGCUAGAAAUGUGUCGCAAGCUCCUACUUCCACAGUUCCAAAAGUCAUGACUAAUCCAUUUGCUACAUCUCCCUCGAAUCAUGGUGACCAACCGGAGAAUUUGACAAUGCCAUUUUCGGAAGUCUCUCCUCCGUCACAGAAGAAUCUGCAACAAGUGAAUUGGGACUUGUUUCGGGAAGUAUCUGAUUCUUUGAAGCUUAUGGGCAGUGACAAUAAUGGAACUACCUCCGCUGUUGCUCAGAGGAUGAAGGAGGAAAUAAAUAUGCACAUAAAUUUCUUGACUACUGCCAUGGAGAAGCCUUAUACUGGUGAGGACAUGAUUGAGGAAGUGCGAAGUAUGCUUCAGGAGCUGCAACAGCUCCAUUCAUUGUUGGAUACGAGUAACUCGGAAGUAGCAAAUGCUGAACAACUGUUGAAGAGCUUGCUGUCAAGAAAGCCCAAGGUUGAAGCUUUAUUGAAUCUGAGCAUUGUACCAACAACAGAGAAGGAUUGUGAGGAAAAAGGCGAUACAGUGUAUGGUGAAGUCGAGAAGAUUGAGUCGCCAUCUGUCACCACCAAUUCUGAAAGCAAUGCUGAAAGGAAGCAGCCAGAGAAAGUGAAGGGCAAGUCCAAGAGAUCCAAAAAGGGAAAAGGAAAGAGGAAGUAAACUUUAUUGUAUGCAGAAGUGUGUUUCGAGCUCCUAAACUUUGUACAUUAUUUAAUGCUGCUUUAAUUAUUGCUGAAAUGGGCAUGGUUUAAUGAAAUGAUUAUUUAGCCUCUGUUGGGAUGGUCGUUACCCAUGGUUUCAUAAUGUACAGUAUGGUAUUGUAUAAUAUAAUAUGGUGUUGUGUCGUAUUGUAUUGUAGUAAUGAAUACAAUGUUUGGAUG